CAGGUUUGGCCUUAUAAGGUGUAAAAUUGAAUAUAGAUGUCAAUUCCAAGUUCAAGCCCUAAAUUGCAUUUAUGCGAGGGCGAGGGAGAAGGUUAAAGAAGGCGGGGGCUGAUAAUUUUGUUAUUCAGACUAAUAAUUCCAAGUAAAUGGAGUACACCACAUACCAAACUAAGAAAUAAAAAAUCUUACAUAAUUUUGAUGUGUGUCUUAACCUUUUCACAGAGGAAUCUUUGGAGGAUGGUAAUUUAGUUUAUCUUCUCACAAUCAUAUCACCAGUACUAAAACACACAUUACGUAUUUGAGUGGAGUAGUAACAAAUUUCCAAGAUGUUUUCUAUGUGCAGGGACGCAAUGGCCAUUUUGAUAUUAAAGCAGCAGCAGCUACUGCAUGACAGUCAAGUCAUCUACUAGUUAAUGCUGAAUUAAGAGCAGCCUAUAAACUCACAACAGACAUCCACUAUUCCUCUUCUUUGUAGUAAUUACGAGCUUAGCUGUUAACAGAAACCAAACAAUGACAUUAUAUUGUCAACUGAACACCUCCUCUCUCUCUCUCUCUCACACACACACACACACCCCAAAAUGACCAGUAGGACUGAGCUCAAUGUGGCUCCCAGUGAAUUCUGUGCUAAAUUUUACAGCUGCUGACUGACUUGUAUUUCUUUCUCACUCUUCCUCAGAUGGGAAUUGGAAUUUAAUUUUUCACAGGUUGUACUCCACACUUCACACACACACAAUUCUGUAGAGAAAAACCGUACACACUCACUUCACAUUACCAAGCACAAGAAUGCCAUCAUCUCCUCCUCGAGCCCCGACCCUACUUAACCACCAUCCUCCCCCAAUGCAAACACCUUAGAUUCCUCCCUCUCUGCUUCACGACUAUUACCAUCUUUCAACUCUGUUAAUCUGGUGAAAUAUUAUCACAUGCCUUCAUUGUGUUGCACAAGGCAAUGGUAAAAUCAUAACAAUAAAGCCGUGUAUCUUUUCACUUCUCUUCACAGGUUUUCUCCUACCCCCUUGAGCGUAUGAACAUCUCUUUUCUUAGCAAAAGAGAUGGCUAUAUGGGUCGUUUUCUGUAAAGCCAUUUUUGUCUCUGUGGGCAAAAUCCUCUUUGAAUCAUCUCUAAGAGGUUGAAAUGUUUUUCCUCUAAAUCUCUUAAAAUACCUGUAAAAGUCUGGAGAAAAAAAUGUAUCUUGGCAAAAGACCACCAGUUUUAUCAGUUCCAGGCAUAUUUGAGCCACCUUUCUUGAUGUUGUAGCCCACCUUUUUAGAGCUGACCCAAGCUCCCUCAUUGAAAAAGAAACAUGGGAUGCGUGGCCUCAAGGCUACUAGUAGAAGAAGAAGAAGUAGUUUCCAUCUGUAGAGAAAGGAAAAAUCAACUCAAGUUAGCUGUGGAGAGAAGAUAUGCUCUGGCAGAUGCACACUAUAGGUACUGCCAAUCCUUAUUUGGAGUCUCUGCUGCCAUAAAUCUCUUUGUUGCUCGCCAUUCUUCACCUCCUUCACCAUUUUACAUCACUUUCCCUCCCCUUUCUCCACCACCCUGUACUCCCAAAGAAAAUGUGGUUUCUAACCCUUUGUUUCUUCAGCAAACCCCUUCUGAACCCACCAAGGAGGCCAUUGUUUGUGAGUCAUGCAGUAGUUCCACUAGUUCAGACUAUUCUGAGGAAGACUGCAAGGAGAAUAACCAGAAAGUAGAACAAGUAUGUGGGUAUUUUUACAUGGAUAUGCCUGAGGCAGUGGCUUCACCUUCACCUUCACCCCAGAGAGAUUUUGGGUGGGAUUUCUUUAACCCUUUUGCCAGUGCAACAAGGUCAGAAGUAAUUAGUGUUUAUAAUAGGAUUUCUGAGGAGGAUUUGAGGGUGGUGAGAGAACAAGAAGGCAUCCCAGAACUUGAAGAUGAAGAAAGAAAAAAACACUUAGUGUGGAGCAGGAGCAUGAGGUUGAGGUGGUGAAAGCAGUGGAGAGUGCUAAGGGGAGCCAGGGGGAGCAGCAAGAGAAGGGACUGAUUGAUACACCAGUGAGAGGGAGGGAGUUCUUGGAAGCAUUGAAAGAUAUUGAAGACCAUUUCAUCAGGGCUUAUGAUUCUGGAAAAGAAGUUUCCAGGAUGUUAGAGUGCAACAGAGUGCAUUUGCACUCUAACAUGGAGGAAAUUAAAGAGAACUCGACGAAAUUAAUUCAGGCUAUCACAUGGCGCUCUGCUUCUUCUCGUUCAUCAUCAUGUAAGAGUUUAGUAGCAUCUGGUCUGAAAAGCUCUUCCACGUGGAUAGAAUUUAGCAACCAACUCUUUGAUGAUUAUGGAGGAAUGGCUUCCGGAAGCCAUUCACUAACGCUAGGAAGGCUGUAUGCCUGGGAAAAGAAACUCUAUGAAGAAGUUAAGGAAGGAGAUAGCAUCCGGAGAGCUUACGGAAAGAAAUGGAACCAACUUGUAAACCAAGAUGCUAGAGGAGAUGAAGGGUUUGCACUGGACAAAACCAGAGCAGCAGUCAAGGAUUUAUAUAGCAGGAUCAUUGUAUCAAUUCGAAGUGCUGAAACAAUUUCAACAAAAAUUGAGAAACUGAGAGAUGAAGAACUGGAGCCGCAAAUAAAGGAAUUACUUCAAGGUAUGAUGAGAACUUGGAAAAUUAUGUUGGAGUCUCAUGAAAUCCAGAAUAAGAUUAUAUCUGAAGUCAAAACUUUUACCUGCCCAUCUUAUCGAAAAUUCUGCAAUGAAUCUCACCGGCUAGCAACGCUUCAGCUUGAAACCGAGCUUGUCAAUUGGCGUGCUUGCUUUGCUGAAUACAUUGCUGCUCAGAAAGUAUAUAUUGAGGCCCUUCUUGGAUGGUUAUCUAAGUUUGUUGCUCCAGAGGUCGAAUUUUACUCCAGGGACAGGGCUUCUGCUCGGCCUAAUCGAUUCAAUGGGCCCCCACUUCUCAUAGUUUGCCUUGAUUGGUUGGAUUCCAUGAACGUGUUACCAGAAAAGGCAGUUUCGUUAGCAAUGAAAAGCUGUGUUAAGGAUGUGAGGGCUUUGUGGCUUCAGCAAGGAGAGGAACAGCUACAAAAGCGGAAAGUUGAUAGCCUGUCCAAAGAACUAGAUAAAAAGAUUUUGGCGUUCCAGAAGGCUGAGAAUAGGAUUUCUGAGUUUAGGGUCACUGACAAAAAUGCAGAUGGGCAGAUAGAGGAUCGCGUGGAUUCUUUAACAGAGAGGAAGAAUAUGCUGGAGAAUUUCCGUAGAAGGGUUGAUUUGGAGAAGGAAAAACAUCGUAAAUGCAUGGAAGAAACAGAAAGGAUAAUCCUAAAUGGUUUCCAGACGGGGUUUGGUGGGCUUUUCGAGUCUAUUACAGAAUUCUCCAGUGCUGCUUUUAAAAUGUAUACUGGCCUCGCCACCACUGAGAACUUGGAGAAAGUUGGGAAACCACCUUACAUGGUAGAUGGGGAAGCCCAAGAAAUUUGCAGCAAAUGAGAUAAAAUGCUUCUAUGGAUGUUUUUGCUGUACCUUUGCAGGGUCUAAGCUUCAAAUGUUGUAAAUCAGAAACUGUCGAAGAAACUCGCUGAGACAUAGCUUAUUCAUCAAUUACUUUGUCAUUGGCAAGUAUUAACAU